CUUGUGAUGGUGACGUGCUAUUUCUUUGGUUUACAUCUUAUUGGGAUUAAGGUAACAAAACCUUUUUGCCGACCUCACAGUUGGUCUUAUCUUUUUCUUUCUUCUGUUUAUAUGGUUAACCGCGGAUGUCAAAACUACUUGAAUAUAUUCAUCUUGUUAUCUGUUGUCCGAAAGAGAUUAUCAUCCUCACACCUCUUUCGCAUGAUCUCAUGGUUUCCUCUUUUGGAUAUGGGCAUUUGCUAAUUGUCGCGGCGAACCAACCUUUGAAGCAACUACUUGAUCAGAUAAUGCCUGGAUUCUGACAGUGACAUGAACCUACCUUUUCAUUUCAGGAAAUGCUUCAUUGUUUAGAUGAUAGCUGUUCCUGUGGGCUACUGGCUUGUGCGGCGUCUCAAGCUUGAAGAAAGGAUAUCGGUUGUUUGCAAGGCAUGCAAUUUAGGCUGCUUCUUAAAGCGCAUUUGAUCCUGUUAAAAUGCCCUCUCAGACCCAUCUCAUAUUCCGAAGCAACAGUGAGACUUCCAGCCAUACAAAUGAGCGCCAAAGCCAUCUCCCUCUAUUGCUGUAUACCUGCUGCAUUUCUGCUCUUCUUUGCCCAUCUCAAUAACCCAACCACUUCAUUCCUUCGAGCUCUGCUUGAUCUUGCAACACCACCCCUAACAUUUAAUUUGCUUACUGUUCAUUAUUUUUCUAACUAUCAUCGCCAUCUUGGUUCGUAUAACCCGCUCUGUGAUGAUUUCCCGCCAGACUUCCCACCGCCUAACACCGCAGCAACAUCGAUCUUCUGUGUCGACCCCAACGGCUGCUGCGACUUCACCACAGUGCAGUCCGCGGUUGAUGCUGUGCCAAGAUCCAGCCAAAAGAGGAACGUUGUGUGGAUCAACAAGGGCAUCUAUUUUGAGAAAGUAACAGUCCCUGCUACAAAGCCCAACAUCACAUUCCAGGGGCAGGGAUUUGAUCUGACGGCAAUCAUGUGGAACGACACCGCCAACUCAUCACAUGGAACCUUCUACAGCGCUUCGGUUUCUGUUUUCGCAGCCGGCUUUGUCGCAAAGAACAUCAGCUUCAUUAAUGUAGCACCAAUUCCAAGACCCGGAGAUGUUGGUGCUCAGGCAGUCGCUCUGAGGAUCGGCAGUGACCAGGCGGCAUUCUGGGGCUGCGGCUUCUUUGGGGCACAAGAUACACUGCACGAUGAUCGGGGCCGGCAUUACUUCAAGGAAUGUUUCAUUCAGGGCUCCAUCGACUUCAUCUUCGGAGAUGCUAGGUCACUCUAUGAGAACUGCAGAUUGAUUUCGAUAGCAGAUCCUGUGCCUGCAGGGGUGAGAUCCAUCACUGGUUCAGUUACUGCGCAUGCCCGGGAAUCCAACUUAGAAAACACCGGCUAUUCAUUUGUCGACUGCAGCAUCGGCGGCACCGGGUGGAUAUGGCUUGGGCGAGCGUGGAGACCUUACUCCCGUGUUGUAUUUGCAUACACUUCGAUGUCAAAUAUCAUCGCCUCCGAUGGAUGGAAUGAUUGGAGUGAUCCUUCAAGAGAUCAGUAUGUCUCUCCUGCACUGCUAGUGUUUUCUGGAAUCAAUUCAGAAUGCACGCUAAGUUCGAUGAUUUCCAUUGCCAGGAGUGUGUUUUAUGGAGAGUACAAGUGUACAGGCGAUGGCGCACACCUGGCGGGCAGAGUGCCGUACGCUCUUGAGCUCAGCGACCUGCAAGCAUUGCCUUACUUGAACACAUCUUUUAUUGACGGUGACCUAUGGCUGAAACCAUACUACGACUCACUAAUAUCUGCAUGAAGACAUAAAUUCCCAGUUUAAAGUUAUCCAGCAUUAUAUCACAGACAAGCAAAAGGAACAAGUUAGCACAAAUCCAUUUGUUGGAUUCUCUCACAUACCAUAUAGUACACUAAAUCACCUGUGAAAAGUACGUCAUUUGGAAUUUCAGAAAUAUAUUGAUUUCAACAAA